AUGAAGAAAUUAUGUGAGUUUUGCUUGGUACUAAGGCCAGUUGUGUACUGUAAAGCUGAUGCAGCACAUCUUUGCCUUUCCUGCGAUGCAAAGGUCCACUCAGCAAACACUAUUUUUAACCGACAUCUGCGUACUAUCUUAUGCGAUUCAUGCAAAUACCGCCCCGCUUAUGUUCAGUGUUUGGAUCACAAGAUGUUUAUGUGCCGUGUCUGUGACAUUACCCUGCAUAUUGCUUCCCAGCAUCAGAAAAGGGCAAUUAGCAGUUACACAGGUUGCCCAUCUGCUAAGGACUUUGCAGCAUUUUGGGGUUUUGAAUUGAACGAGCUAGACAGUAGUGCACAUCUGGAUGGAACUCUCUCCACUUCUUGUGGCUCUUCCUGUGACUCAAGUGCAGUAAACUUAGGUAGUUGUGAACAGUCUUGCUCUCAAGUUGAAGGCUUUCCAGCAGCAAAUUCUCCCACCCUGGCUCCAGGUGGAGAUUCUGAAGUGGGUUCAAGCAGUCAACAAUACAAGAUUCUUGACUUAAAAAGGCUUCAGCUCACUGAAGGGAGCAGCCCUUCGCUUCUGAUACGUGGCAAAGAACAAAGUGACUUAUCUUCUUCAGUACAUCACACAUCAGAGAGGUUCGAUGAUAAUCUUGAUCAGAGUUUACAACAUUCCAAGAUUACUAGAUUUAGGCAAAGGGACAGUCUACUUCACGAUCUGAAAGUUGAUAAUUUGCCAUUUCCAUUUUCUCAACUGGAGCACAUGCCACCAUCUUCAACUGCUGGACUUCCGUUGGAUACAGAAUCGUUUUGGCAGUGCAGAAGUCCGGUUGAAAGUUGUCAGCUGUGGACUCAAAAUAUGCAAGACAUUGGGGUUUGUGAAGAACUUGUUUGUCAUGAUGAUUUUAAUAUGCCUGAUGUUGAUAUGACAUUCCAAAACUUCGAAGAACUAUUUGGAGGUGAUCAAGAUCCAGCCAGAGCACUGCUUGAUGAUAAAGAUGUAUCAUACUCCUCAGUGUUGAAGUAUAUAUCCCUUGACAAAUCAGAUAAUGGCCAUGCAACAGCAAGGAUGGAGCAUGAUGCGUCAGAGGUUUCAUCUAUUUUCUUUAACAAAGUUCAAAACCUUGAAGGAAGCAUGGAUUAUUGCCCAUGUCCUAUUCAACCAUCUUCUUCAACUUUGUCAUUCUGUAUGUCAAGGUUCAGUGCCGAGAGCAGUGGUACCGAUUGUCAUGAAAGCCGGCUUUCACCCUAUAUUGCCACAGGGGAGACUUCAAGAAAUUCACCUCAUGACCAAGAGGGUGGGCGCUUUGAAGCCAGAGCAAAUGCCAUGACGAGGUACAAAGAGAAGAAACAUUCCCGACUGCUUGUGAGAAAAAAUGGAUAUCCAUUUAGGAAAGGUACAGCUGAUAACGUAAGCGGGAAAAAGGAAGAGUUGUGA